AUGUACUGUAUAAUUAAAUGCAAUGCAGGAUGUGCAUAUGGGAAUGGAGGCUGUGAACACAAUUGCAUUACUACUACAAAUAGUUCUUAUUCUUGUUCAUGCUUUACUGGAUACAGGUUAAACAAUGUGAGAUUCUGUUCAGAUAUUGAUGAAUGCAGUGAAGGUACAUCAGGAUGUAAUCAAAUAUGUUGUAAUACUCUUGGAAGCUAUACUUGCAGUUGUUACAAUGGGUAUGAACUGGACACAGAUAAUCAUACCUGUAUUGAUAUUGAUGAAUGUCUUGCUAAUAAUGGAGGAUGUGAACAUACUUGUGUAAAUACUGUUGGUAGUUACUAUUGCCGGUGUAACUCUGGUUAUGAGUUGAAUUAUGAUAGACAUCAGUGUGAUGAUGUCAAUGAAUGUGCUAAUGGUAACAAUGCUUGUAACCAGAUCUGUAUCAAUACUAAUGGAUCAUACUACUGUGACUGCAAUACUGGAUAUCGUCUUAUAAGCAAUCAAAGAUACUGUGUAGACACUAAUGAGUGCUCAACAAGUAAUGGUGGCUGUCAGCAGCGCUGCUAUAACACAUAUGGGAGCUAUUAUUGCUCUUGCUGGUCAGGAUAUUAUUUGAAUGCUACAACGAACAGAUGUGAAGAUAGAAAUGAGUGUUCUUCAAGUUGGAGCAAUAGAUGUCAGCAUAAUUGUCAUAAUAGAGAUGGAUGGUACUUUUGUAGUUGCAGACCUGGAUACAGGUUACAAUACAGCUACUAUUGUUUUAACAUCAUUGAGUGUGAAAAUAACAAUGGUGGGUGUGAGCAACGUUGUAUAGAUACUACUGGAUCUUACAACUGUGAAUGCAAUGUAACUGGCUAUGCUCUUGAUGGAGAUCAUCAUGGGUGCUCACGAAAUUGUAGCACUGAUCCCCUUGUCUGUCAGCAAGUUUGUCAUAGUCACAAUGAUCUUUUAAAUUGUUCAUGUUAUCCUGGCUACAGAUUAACUGAUGAUGGGAUAACCUGUGAAAAAAUAUAUUUAUGCUCAGAAAAUGCAACAAACUGUAAUCAAAUUUGUACUGAUACAAAUAAUAGUUUUAUUUGUUCAUGUAAUGAUGGCUAUGAACUACAAAAUGACAAUGCUACAUGUCAGGACAUUGAUGAGUGUAUUAACAGUAUCUGUGAACAUAACUGUACCAAUACUGAUGGAAGCUACACUUGUUCAUGUUAUAGUGGCUACUCCUUAGAUAAUAAUGGAAAAAACUGUUCAGAUAUCAAUGAAUGCCUUAAUGAAAAUGGAGGUUGUCAACAAAGAUGUAAUAAUCAAAAUGGUUCUUUUGAAUGUUCAUGCGAAGAUGGAUAUGCAUUAGAAAACAAAAAGUUUUGUUCAGAUAUUAAUGAAUGCAGUGAAGGAAUAUCAGGUUGUGCACAAUUAUGCACAAACAACCCUGGAUACUAUAACUGUAGCUGUGAAAUUGGUUAUCAACUGGACAAAGAUAACCAUAACUGUACUGACAUUAAUGAAUGUAUUGAUGAUAAUGGAGGAUGUGAAGAAACCUGUUUUAACAUAGUUGGCAGUUAUGAAUGUUCAUGUUCUAUGGGUUAUCAGCUUGACAUUAAUGAUCUAAAUUGUACAGAUGACAAUGAAUGUAAUCUUAAUAACGGAGGUUGUGAUGGAAGGUGUGAGAAUACAGAAGGUAGCUACAUAUGUCUUUGUCCAUCAGGAUACUAUUCACUUGACAGUACUGACACAAAUUGCACAGAUAUUGAUGAGUGUAGCUCAUUCAAUGGUGGUUGUGAUCAUUAUUGUAAUAAUACUAUUGGAUCUUAUGACUGCUCAUGUAAAACUGGAUACAUUUUAUCAUUUAAUGAAUACAAUUGUUCAGAUAUUAAUGAGUGCAAUGACAAUAAUGGUGGCUGUAAUCAAACCUGUACUAACACUAUGGGUAGUUACUACUGUAGCUGUAAGAUUGGGUAUUAUAAUUUGACAGUUACUGCUGAGAAUUGCUCUGACAUCAAUGAGUGUGAGGAUAAUAAUGGUGGCUGUUCUCAAACUUGCAUUAAUACUCCUGGAAGUUUUAAUUGUGAAUGUUAUGAUGGAUAUGAUUUCAUUAAUGGUAGCACUACAGACUGUACUGAUAUUAAUGAGUGUCUUACUAACAAUGGAGGAUGUCAACAUGUUUGUACUAAUACAAAUGGAAGCUACUAUUGUACUUGUAAUCCUGGCUACAAUGGAAGCAUUUUCUGUUCAGAUAUUAGUGAAUGUGAACUUGGUACUGAUAACUGCACUCAACAAUGCACUAAUACUGAUGGUAGCUUCUACUGUAGUUGCUAUACUGGGUAUAUUUUCAAUAGUAGCAAUAAUCACACUUGCAUAGAUGAUGAUGAAUGCUCACACAGUAUAGUUCUUUGUGAUCAGAUUUGCAUUAAUACUGUGGGUUCAUUUCAGUGUGGCUGCAACACUGGUUAUACUUUAAGUGACAAUGAAAUAACAUGCAAAGAUAUUGGUGAAUGUGAUCUUGGUAUUUCUGGUUGUUAUCACACAUGUAUAAACACAGAAGGCAGUUACUACUGUGAAUGUGAAUCGGGCUAUUAUUUAGAUUAUGACAAUCAUACAUGCAUAGAUAAUGAUGAAUGUGCUAUGGGUACUGACACAUGUGAUCAAGUUUGUAGCAAUGAUCCUGGUUCAUAUAAUUGUUCAUGUCAUACUGGUUAUCUUUUGAAGUCUAAUGGGAUCACAUGUCAAGAUAUUAAUGAGUGUCAGACUAUUCCUGGCAUUUGUGAACAUACUUGUAUCAAUACUGAUGGCUCAUUUUACUGUGCAUGUAACAAUGGAUUUACUUUGAACACCACAACUAAUACAACUUGUAUUGAUAUUGAUGAAUGUCAUGAUCAGUCAAACAAUUUUUGUAAUCAAAAGUGUACUAACACCAAUGGCUCCUACUUGUGCUCCUGCAAUACAGGAUAUAAGUUAUUGGCUAGUGGACAUGAUUGUCUCGACAUCAAUGAAUGCAAUGACAAUAAUGGAGGCUGCUCAGAUACAUGUAUCAAUACUCAAGGUAGCUAUCAUUGUCAGUGUCUUGGAGGAUAUCAGUUGAUUGACAGCAAAAAUUGUGAAGAUAUAGAUGAAUGUGAUACUAAUAAUGGAGACUGUGAUCACAACUGUACUAACACUAUUGGAAGUUUUCAGUGUUCUUGUUCUACUGGAUAUUAUUUAUGCGACAAUGUAUAUUGUAUAGAUAUUGAUGAAUGUCUACAAGAUGACUUGUGUGGGGAUAUUUGUCACAAUACUAAAGGAAGUUAUGAAUGCAAGUGUCAAACAGGAUAUUACUUGGGUGAUGAUAAUUACACUUGCCUUGAAGUUAAAGUUAAAGAUGACUCGAGUUUAGCUACAACAUUAUUAACUACUAGCAUUAUGGCAUCUCAGACACCAGGAGAUGAAGAUAAAAAUGUUACCACUCCAGAUACUGUAUGUAUCAAUCAACAUCCUACUGGUGAUGUGACAUACAUCAUAACAACUAUUUUUGCAUCUACAACUUUUGUUUUGUUGGCAAUUAUUUUGAUAGCUCUUCUUGUAAUCAUUAAAAAUAAAAAGACCAAUCAACCAAGUGAUGAUGAUGGCAGUGACACAGUCAGGAAAAAUAAUCCAUUGUAUAACAAUCAUGUUUUCGUUCAAGAGAGCCUUUUGACAUAUGAUAUCUAAUAUUUUGCUGAGUUUGACUAGACUAAUCUAGUGCUUAUUAUGUGUUAAAAUGAUUUAUAAAGUUGCUCCAAAAUUGGGCAAAAGAUUCUGUACUAUAUGUAAAAACAGCUCAAGAAA